AUGACCCGUGAACACUCGGUGUCUGAGCCUGGCAGAGGGGUGGAGCUGCUGGCAGUCGCGGUGGUGGCAGUCGUGCAGUCACAGCUCUGUUCCCUGCUGGGUGCUGGAUGCAGUGUGGUGCGGUCUGGGAGGCUCAGGUCUGUCCCUUCCCCCCAUGGACACCCCUGUACCUGUCCCUGCUCGUGUGUUACAGCUGCUGUCUCCUGGUACGAUGAGUUCCAGCGGCUCUACGACACCAUCCCCUGCGUGGAAGUGCAGGCCCUGAAGGAGCACAAUGACCAGGUUUUGCACCUCAGCUUCUCCCACUCUGGCUGUUUGUUUGCCUCGUGCUCCAAGGACUGUACUGUCAAGAUCUGGAGCAAUGAGUUGGACAUCUCCCUGCAGCACAGCUCCAACAUGAGACCCUACAACUGGAGCUACACACAGUUCUCCCAGUUCAACUCCGAUGACUCCCUCCUUCUGGUGUCAGGUGUCUUUGUGGGGCCUCACAACUCCUCCUCAGGAGAGAUUGCCGUGAUCAGCAUGGAGAACUUCACGCUGCUGUCCAGGGUGAGGAACAAACCCUACGACGUGUUUGGCUGCUGGCUGAAUGAAACCAACUUGAUAUCUGGCAAUCUGCAUCGGAUCGGGCGCAUCACCUCCUGCUCGGUGCUGUGGCUGAACAACGCGUUCCAGGGCAUAGAGUCUGAGAAUGUGAAUGUAGUGAAGAGACUGUUCAAAAUCCAGAACCUGAACGCCAGCACGAUCCGGACCGUGAUGGUGGCUGACUGCAGCCGGUAUGAUUCCCCGGACCUGCUCCUGGACUACGAGGAGCAGCUGGCUGCUUCCUCCACCUCCACCUGCCCAGUCUUUGAUCUUGGCAGUGACAGUGAGGAAGAGGAGGCCAAGCCCAAGCAGACUCCGGAGCCAGCAGUACAGGAAUUGCCGGAUGAGGGGGGUGUGACAGCAGAGGAUGGGUUGCAGCAGUUCUUUGAUGAUAUCAUGGAGGGCCGUGUGCGGCCGGCAAUGACCGAGACAGAGCUGGAGACAAAGGUGGCUGAGCUGUUUGUACGCAACAGAACUAAACCACCUGAGCUGAACCUGCUCUCCACCGACAGCAACAGCAAGACAAAGUACUUAAUCUUCACCACAGGAUGCCUCACCUACUCUCCUCACCAGAUAGGGAUUAAAAGGAUCCUGCCCCAUCAGAUGACGACUGCUGGGCCGGUGCUCGGGGAGGAGAGGCGCUCGGAUGAGUUCUUUGACUCCUUGGAUCACGUCAUUGACAUCCACGGGCACAUCAUCGGCAUGGGCCUCUCCCCUGACCACAGGUACUUGUACGUGAACAGCCGUGCCUGGCCCCGGGACUGCGUCAUCUCCGACCCGAUGCAGCCGCCCCCCAUCGCCGAGGAGAUCGAUCUGCACGUGUUCGACCUGAAGACAAUGAAGGAGGUGAAACGAGCCCUCCGGGCGCACCGGGCCUACACGCCCAACGAGGAGUGCUUCUUCAUCUUCCUGGAUGUCAGCAGGGACUUCGUAGCAAGCGGGGCAGAGGAUCGCCACGGCUACAUCUGGGACCGGCACUAUAACAUCUGCCUGGCCAAACUGCAGCACGACAACGUGGUCAACUCGGUGGCGUUCAGCCCGGUGGAGCAGGAGCUGCUCCUGACAGCCAGCGAUGACACCACCAUCAAGGUGUGGCGUUCCCCUCGCACCGUGCGCGUCCAACAGGCCAGGAAGCCCAGGCCCAGGAAACUGCUCUUCUCCUGGCUCAUGAACCAGAAGAGCUGAACCCAGGUGCACCUGCUCCUGCAGCUUCCUCACUGCAGCCACCUCCUCUGGAGCUUGCAGAGCUUUGAGCCCUGCACAGCAGAGACGAGCUCUGGGCACGCAAAUCCCACCCGCCGAGUCAGGAGGGACCCCGGCAGCAGGAACCGCUUCCUCCUCGGAGCAUCCGCUCCAAAGACAGAACGUAAGAGCCCAGGGCCUGUUCCUGGGACUGGUGGGCAGCACAGGGUGGGCUCCUCACAGCUUCUCACGACCGCUGCUACUUGGUCACAGCUCUGUCUGGGUGAGCUUUGGUCUCUGAGAACAGGCAGAGGCACGUCUCCAGCAUUGGUACUGUGUGAGCCUGGGACGUGACCUCGCUGAGAGCUCCUGGCUGCAGAGCACUCGGCAGAAGC